AGGAAGAAGUGGGAGGAGGGAGGGCGACAGACGGGGAGUCAAAAGCGGGGUGGGAGCGCAACUGGCAGGCUGAGAGCCUGAACGGUGGGCGGCGGAGGAGGCGGCCAGGAGCCGGGGCGGGAAGCCCGCGGACAUUCCAGAAAGGAGGACGAGGAGAAGAAGUCCUGGUGGCUGUCCCCCACUGAGCCGGAAUGGGUGACUGGAGCUUCCUGGGAGAGUUCCUGGAGGAGGUACACAAGCACUCCACAGUGAUCGGCAAGGUCUGGCUCACCGUCCUCUUCAUAUUCCGCAUGCUGGUGCUGGGCACGGCGGCCGAGUCAUCCUGGGGGGACGAGCAGGCAGACUUCCAGUGUGACACCCAGCAGCCCGGCUGCGAGAACGUCUGCUACGACCAAGCCUUCCCCAUCUCGCACAUCCGCUACUGGGUGCUUCAGACCAUCUUCGUGUCCACGCCGUCACUCGUGUACAUGGGCCACGCCAUGCACACCGUGCGCAUGCAGGAGAAGCGGAAGCUGCGGGAGGCCGAGAGGGCCAAAGAGGUCCGGGGUGCUGGCUCUUACGAGUAUCCCGUGGCCGAGAAGGCAGAGCUGUCCUGCUGGGAAGAAGCGAAUGGAAGGAUUGUCCUCCAGGGCACUCUGCUCAACACCUAUGUCUGCAGCAUCCUGAUCCGCACUACCAUGGAGGUGGCCUUCAUUGUGGGCCAGUACCUCCUCUACGGGAUCUUCCUGGACACCCUGCACGUCUGCCGCAGGAGUCCCUGCCCCCACCCUGUCAACUGUUAUGUCUCCCGGCCCACGGAGAAGAAUGUCUUCAUCGUCUUUAUGCUGGCGGUGGCCGCACUGUCCCUCUUCCUCAGCCUGGCUGAGCUCUACCACCUGGGCUGGAAGAAGAUCAGGCAGCGCUUUGCCAAAUCUCGGCAGGGCACGGCUGAGUGUCAGCUUCCUGGUCCGAUUGCCGGCAUAGUCCAGAACUGCACACCACCCCCUGACUUCAAUCAGUGCCUGGAGAAUGGCCCUGGGGGGAAAUUCUUCAAUCCCUUCAGUAACAAGAUGGCUUCCCAGCAGAACACAGACAACCUGGCCACUGAGCAAGUGCAAGGCCAGGAGCAGAUUCCCGGGGAGGGUUUCAUUCACAUCCGUUAUGCCCAGAAGCCUGAGGUACCCAAUGGAGCCUCUCCAGGCCACCGCAUCCCCCAUGGUUACCAGAGCGACAAGCGCCGUCUCAGCAAGGCCAGCAGCAAGGCCAGGUCAGAUGACCUAUCAGUGUGACCUUCCAGUGUGGGGGAACCAGGACCAGGUGGGAACAAAAGAGGCUCAGAGAGGGAAGAUGUGUCCCUACCGACCCCAUCUCUCAUUCUCAUAUCUGUUCUGCUCCUUUUGGGCUCUGGGUCUCAAGGCCAUUGCUCAUUCAUUCCAGAAGGUAGGACCAGGGCUCUGCAAGUGCAGGCAGAGACAUGACUUCCUACCCAGGCUACUGUCCCUUCCCCAUCCUCUAACCGGUGUACCUAGAAGACUUUCAGAUUCUUUAGUCAAGGGGGUAGAGGAAGAAAAGAGAACUGUGGCAAAUCUGGCCUGGGAAGGAUAGCCAGAAGGAUAAGAUGGCUCCCUACAUACCAGCCACAUACCAGAUGGGUUCUCCAAGUUCCUAUGGCUUCCUUGACCCGAUCACCCUUCUUCCUGCAAGAAAGAGCCCAACGUUCCUAGCCAAUAAAGAGCAUGAAUCAAGGACCUUACAUUAGAUGCGCUCUUGAAUCUGUUGUCUCUGUGGGUCAAACCUUGGAGUGACAAUGAGGUGGCCUUGGGCUGCCCUUGGCUGCCCUCACUCUAUCCAGUCUUACUUAAAAAGAGGCCCUUGGCACUUGACCAGCAACCUCAACUUUACAAGUGCUUUGGUAUGUACCUCUGGCAAAUGUCCCACUUGGUGAUGCUGCAAACUUUACUUCUGCCAGGGUGACAACUAACUAGCCCAUGGGGGUGCACACUCCCCUAGGGAGCGACUGCGUACACAGGCCCCACUGGAAUCCCUGCCACCACCUGUCAUCCUGCGGCUCUUUUACAGCUCAACCUGAUGAUAGAAACCAUCCCAUCCCUCCCUUCCUUGGUUGUUCACUCAGUGCUCCCCUAAAGACCUUAUCGACCAGAAUGCCCAAGAAGCCGUCGUCCUCUCUCAGAUCCUGACCAGAUCACCAGCCACAAAGGCCAGUGGAAUUUCCCUAGGUCUUAUUAAAACAAAGAUGGCAUUGUGCUUCUCAGAUUCCCGUUGGGAAAAAAUAAUUCUGCUGUGAAGAUAAAAGUGAAAAAAAAAAAAAAAGAGAGAGAAAAUACUGGAAAACUAUUUUUCCCUCCUAUUUAUUUCCCUUGCUGACUGCCAACUUAGAGUGCCAAGAGGAGGUGUGAUGACAGCUAUGGAGCCCCCAGAUCUCUCUCUCCCUGGAGGGCUUAGCAGGGGCAUGGAAGCAGUAAGGGAAUCUCCAGCUCUCUUGGCAGGGGCCUCAUUUAAGAGCACACAAAUUCCUAUGUCUCCCUGGUGCUCCUAAUGAGACUGCCAGAAAGCAGUGGGGACUGUAGACUGUGAAAAAGCCCUGCCUUCCCAGGGACUGGCCUGGUUUCUCUGUUCAGUCCAUCCAUAAUGGGUGGUUGCCAUUUUGGAUGAAGGUAAAGGAUGCUCAGAAUUGGAUACUGAGACUUACAGGGAGAUGAUUACUUCUUAAAAUGCAUAUGUGUGUGUGUGUGUGUGUGUGUGUGCGCACACGCGUGCCAAUAGGGUGGGGAGGGGGAGGGGGAGGAGAGUCUGAAAUAAGGAAAGGAAACCUUAAAGGAAAUUGUAUCUUCCUGCCCUCACCUCCAGAUGCCUGGCAGAGGGACUGAACCUCACUGUUUAUAGUGGCAUUGGCCUAUGUAGGGGAGAGUUCGAGGCAGAGGAGGGUGAAGGUUCAGAGGUAGGCUCAGCCUCUGCCCCACUCACCUGUCUCCAGGCCCCUUUGCUUAUUGGCUAUUGGUGGCUAGAGAGAAGUAUGAGGGUAGAGAGUUGGAGGGGACUGACCAGGAUGCCAUUUAGGGAAGAAUGACUGCUCAUUCCAGGUCCCUAGACACCUUUUUAUCUAUUGUCUGGCAUUGGCAUGAAGACUGUCCAAAACAAAACCAAGAAGACUCUCCUUCCGUCUCUAAAAUGGGUUUAUUUUGUGAAAUGGGUGUUAUUGGAUUAGAAAUCCUAUGAGAUUAUCCUUGAUGAUGGGACUUUCAGUAAUGAAACAGGAAAUGAUAUGUGUAGUGUGUCUUAAUAAAAUUUGGCCCUGCA